AACGUUGUUAACUUUUACGUGAAACCGUUAAUCAUACAAGACUUUAAAAAAACUUCUACACAUAUAUGUAAUUGAAAUUUUCGCCCAUUAUGUCGUCGUCCGAUCAAUCGGAGCCGGAACCACCACCGCCGGCCGCAUUCAUUUUUGACUAUCAGGCGAGCCCGGAGAAGAAACACUAUGAUUUCCGGUUUGCCCUACCGGCACCAACCAUGCCAUCUCCCCAACCGAUGGAUGUGGACACAUCCGCCGGUAGUGCGAUUCUGGCACCGCCGGAGGCGGUCGAGCAAACGCCUGCUGCCACCAGUCGGAAAAAGCAAAAGCUGAACGACGGAAAAGUGAAACCGAAAAUUCGGAAACUUGUCAGUGUUGAUCCCGAUGCCGGCAAGCCGGGACCGUUACAGCACUUCUUGGGGAUUCGUUCGCUGUUCUGUGGUUCUCUUGUCAUCCUACUGGCUGUUAUGUUUACUGUUCUCAUUAAAGAAGAUCUACGCAAAGAUUUCUACGUAAAAUACAAACGACAGUACAAUUUACUGCUAUACGGUUUGGAGGACUAUUGCGGCCAGGAGUUGAAUUUGGCAAACGUUACAAGAGCACUGGAAGCACGUCUGGUUGGUCAGUCGGCUGCUAUCGGUCAAAUAGUGGAUUUUUUCGAACAACAUCGGCACAACCCGUUCUCCUCGCUGGUUCUGGUUGGUCCGGUGGGAGUCGGCAAAAGUCUGAUGGCUGACCUAAUUGCUGCCAACUUUCAGUGGCGUUCGAAUGUCCACCGAUAUCGGUGGUUCGGAGGUCUAACGGCGGAGAAACAAUUCGCCAGGUUCCAAUCCUAUUUGCACUCGUUACGACAUGGAACGUCCGCCGUUGAACUGAACUGUGGUCACAGUUUGUUUAUUAUCGAUCAUCUGGAAGCGAAGGAUGUUGAGCUGGUCAAUAAAAUCGAUGCCCGUUUGCGGAUGGUGGCUGAAAAAGAUGAUCUAAAGCUGACGGCGCUCUAUCUGUUUCAAGGAAGUUUCGCCGCGGGUGUCCAAGAUAUUCGACGGCUGAAAGCUGAUAUCCAAAGAGUGGUGUUACGUCCACUUGAUCAGGGUGAUAUGAAGGAAUGCAUACUGAUAGAAGCAGCGGAGCUGGGUAUUGAUUUGAACGAAAACCAACUGCUUCUGGGGCAGGUUGUCAGCAGUUUAGACGUGCACCGCUACGGAUGUAAGGGUGUACGUGCCAAGUUAAGUUUGUAUUCACAAGCUCACAGUAGAGAAGAUGAAGAGCUUUAACCGCUGUGAUGAAUGAGUGGGUUCUAUUGUAAAU